AUGGCAAUGUCCACUCCUGCGAACCUCACGACCACAGAAUUUGCCCUGAGGGGCUUCCCUGGGCUGGAGGCGGUUCAUGGCUGGAUCGGGAUCCCCAUCUUUUUUGCCUACCUGGCGGCCAUCCUAGGAAACUGCACCAUCCUCUACAUCAUAAGGACGGAGCCCAGUCUGCACCAGCCCAUGUACUACUUCCUGGCCAUGCUGGCUACCACUGACCUGGGUCUCUGCCUCGCCACAGCGCCCACAGUGCUGGGCGUCCUCUGGUUCCAGCUGAGGAAGAUCAGGAAGCCCUGCUGCAUAGCGCAGAUCUUCUUCAUCCACUCCUGCUCCUUCAUGGAGUCAGCUGUGCUCUUUGCCAUGGCCCUGGACCGAUUCCUGGCCAUCUGCUCUCCUCUGAGGUACACAGCGCUGCUGAACUCCAGCAGAGUGGUCAGAAUUGGGCUGGUCCUCCUGCUAAGGAGCACUGUUCUCCUCAUGCCGCCCUUGCCUUUCUUCCUGAAGUUCCCCUUCUGCCCAGAUGCAACCCUUUCCCAUUCAUACUGCCUGCACCAGGACUUGCUCCGCAUGGCAUGCGCCGACACAACCUUCAGCAGCUUCUAUGCCCUCAUCCUCAUCCUCCUCACCAUGGGUUCUGACCUGCUCUUCAUCCUCAUCUCCUAUGGCCUCAUCCUGAGGACUGUCCUGGGCAUGGCCUCUGACAACCAGGGCCACCAUAAGGCCCUGGGCACCUGUGUCUCCCACAUCUGUGCCGUCCUGGUCUUCUACGUCCCAGUGCUUGGGCUCUCCAUCGUACACCGGUUUGGACAGCAUGCCCCUGCCCUACUCCACGUCAUCAUGGGUAAUGUCUACAUCCUCCUCCCACCCCUGAUGAACCCCAUCAUCUACAGCAUCAAAACAAAGCAGAUCUACAGCAGGAUCCUCAGAAUGAUCUCAGUGAAGAACCUCUGA